GGAAGAGACCCGUUUCCUCCACAACAGCAAAUUCAGGAGGUCAUUGUUUUGAAUAUUAAAGGAGUCUACGAUUAUACAUAACGCAGUUUGCCAUCAUUUAAUGGGAAUAUUCUUCGAAGCUGAAGAUGAUCCCAACCGAGGAUGCAUCCGCAAGGAAAAAGGAGAUCGAGGAGAAACUGAAACAGGAGCAAGAGACGUUGUCAUUCAUCCGAGAAAAUCUGGAGAAGAGUGAUCAGCUGACUAAAGGAAUGGUCUCCAUUCUGUCAUCAUUUGAAAGCCGUCUCAUGCAGUUGGAGAAUUCCAUCAUACCGGUCCACAAGCAGACGGAGAACCUGCAACGGCUGCAGGAGAAUGUGGAUAAGACGUUGUCCUGCAUGGACCAUGUCAUCAGCUACUACCAUGUUGCUAAAGACACCGACAGGAUCAUACGAGAGGGUCCAACGGGCAGACUGGCAGAAUACCUGUCCUGUAUUGCUAAGAUCCAGAAGGCAGUGGAGUAUUUCCAGGACAACAACCCAGACAGUCCAGAACUCAACACAGUGAAAGCCCGCUUUGAGAAGGGCAAGGAGCUGCUGGAGGCCGAGUUCCGCAACCUGCUGACCCGCUACAGUAAGCCCGUGCCCCCGAUCCUGAUCCUGGAUGCCCUAACCGUGGACGACGAGCUGGAGGUCCAGGAGGAGGUGAUGCUGGAGCACCUACCUGAGGCAGUGCUGCAGGACAUCAUCUGCAUCUCCGGCUGGCUGGUGGAGUACGGACGCAACCAGGAUUUUAUGAACGUGUAUUUCCAGAUCCGCUCCAACCAGCUUGACCGCUCCAUCAAAGGCUUGAAGGACCACUUUCGCAAGAACAGCGCCUCGUCGGGGGUGCUGUACUCGCCCGCUGUCCAGACCAAACGCAAGGACACCCCCACCAAGAAGGCUCCCAAGAGACCAGUCUACAUAUCAGGGACCAUUCGCAAGGCUCAGAACCUUCUCAAACAGUACUCACAGCAUGGGCUGGAUGGGAAAAAGGGGGGCUCUAACCUCACUCCUAUGGAAGGUAACGAUCACGACCCGCGGGUCAAACAUCACUCUGACGCCCUGAACGAGAAGCACGGGGCUGCCUCGGGGAAGGACGACGUGCUGGACAUAGAGAUCGACUCGUACAUUCACUGCAUCAGCGCCUUCGUCAAGCUGGCCCAGAGCGAGUACGCGCUGCUGACGGAGAUCAUCCCCGAGCACCACCAGAAGAAGACCUUCGACUCCCUGAUCCAGGAGGCGCUGGACAACCUGAUGCUGGAGGGAGACAACAUCGUGUCGGCGGCGCGCAGGGCCAUCAUGAGGCACGACUACUCGGCCGUCCUCACCAUCUUCCCCAUCCUCAAGCACCUGAAGAACUCCAAGUCUGACUUCGACAGCACCCUCCAGGGGACGGCGGCUAGCACUAAGAACAAACUGCCCACUCUGAUCACCUCCAUGGAAAGCAUAGGAGCCAAAGCUCUGGAGGAGUUUGCAGACAGCAUCAAGAACGAUCCGGAUAAGGAGUACAACAUGCCCAAGGAUGGAACUGUCCACGAACUGACAAGCAAUGCCAUCCUGUUCCUGCAACAGCUGCUGGACUUCCACGAGACGGCAGGAGCCAUGUUGGCCUCUCAAGUACUGGGCGACACUUACAAUAUACCUUUAGACCCCCGAGAGACCAGCUCCUCCGCCAGCAGCUACAGCUCAGAGUUCAGCAAAAGGCUCCUUAGCACGUAUAUAUGCAAGGUGCUGGGAAACCUACAGCUCAAUCUGCUCAGCAAGUCCAAGGUGUAUGAGGACUCUGCUCUGAGUGCCAUCUUCCUGCACAACAACUACAACUACAUCCUCAAGUCCCUGGAGAAAUCGGACCUGAUCGCCCUGGUGAAAGUGACCCAGAAGAAGGCUGAGGUUUCCUACAGAGAGCUGAUCGAGCAGCAGAUCCAGAUGUACCAACGCAGCUGGUUCAGGGUCACGGAGCAUCUGACCGACCGGAACAUGCCCGUCAUCCAGCCUUACAACAAGCUCAAAGACAAAGAGCGGCAAGUGAUCAAAGACAAGUUCAAGGGCUUCAACGACGGCCUGGAGGAGCUGUGUAAGACCCAGAAGGGCUGGGCCAUCCCGGACAAGGAGCAGCGAGACUUCAUCCGCCAGGCCCAGAAGAGGGUGGUGUCUGAGGGCUACAGGGCCUUCCUGCACAGAUGCGCCAACAUCCAGUUCACCAAGAACCCGGAGAAGUAUCACAAGUACCGGCCGGAGCAGGUGGAGGACAUGAUCGAACGGCUGUUUGACACCUCGGCUUAAGCGCCCCGCCCACAAAUCCUCACAUGGACGGCCAACCCCUGCCUUCCUCCAGCACUAAAGAAACCCCUAGUUACAGCCACCCCCCCCCCCCCCCCCCCCCCCCCCUAACAACAAAUAACGCUUCUCUGAAGACCCCCCCCUAAUGCCACGAUCCUGUAUGUGUCCUAACGAAUGUUGGUGUGAUUCUUUUUUGUACAAAUAUGACAAUUAUGUAUUUAUAUGUAAUUUACUUGGAUGACUCCAAAUCGAAUCAGAUGAAUAAAGGGAACCUGUAUCACUGAU